UGCACAGAAAUUUCUGUCACUACAGACUGCAAUUAUGCCUGAGCCGAAAGCUGCCCCUGUAUCCAAGAAGGGCUCUAAAAAAGCCGUUUCUAAGAGCCAAGCUAAAGGUGGAAAGAAACGCAGAAAGACCAGGAAAGAAAGUUAUUCCAUCUAUGUCUACAAGGUGCUGAAGCAAGUUCACCCCGACACUGGCAUCUCUUCUAAGGCGAUGGGAAUCAUGAAUUCGUUUGUAAACGAUAUCUUCGAACGCAUCGCCGGUGAGGCUUCUCGCUUAGCACAUUACAACAAGCGAUCGACUAUUUCUUCCCGGGAGAUCCAGACUGCUGUGAGGCUUCUGCUACCGGGAGAGCUUGCUAAGCAUGCCGUGUCCGAGGGAACCAAGGCAGUUACCAAGUACACCAGCUCCAAGUAACCUACACCACUACUUGCUCAAAACCAACGGCUCUUUUCAGAGCCAUC